ACUAAAUAUGUAGAAACAAAACAAAACAAAUAUAUACGAGCAAAAAGAGCAAAACGGACAUUCUUUCGUAGAUACUCGUGAACCCCGUGCUUCGUGCCUGUGGCUCGGGCGCGGGAUUUGCUCGUGAUGCAGUCACGGUCGUGUAACUGUCACUCGAAGAUCAUUUUCAAAGUCAUUUGCCCUCGAAGAACUCUGUUCGAAUUUAACGUACCUGAUAAGCUGUGACCAAAGCUGCUGUCUACAGAGGGAAUCCGAUUGAGGGUUUGGACAGGUAAAAGAUUUUACAGAAGGUGUGAAUGAAAUUCUCAUAUACAUGUAUACAGUAUGAGGUUGUGUAAACGAUGUGGAUAUAAAUAACGAAAGAUCCUUGACACAUGGCACUCGGGCAGAUACUUGGCAGUAUAUGUGUUGUUAUUAAUACAUUAUUACCUUAAUUCGGUUGAACUAGCUGUUCGAACUGCUGUUAUUUAUUUUGCUUCCAAGACGAGAGCGAAGUGCUAACGAAUUAUAUAUUUAAAUUUGAUUUUUAAAAAACAAAUCAACUUAACGCGUUCAUAAAACCAUAACGCAGGGCUGUUGUUUUUUGGUCUUUGGGAGGUGCAUCAGUAGCGGGGCUAUAUACAGAGGCCGGGUUUUCGUAAGAGGAAUAUUGGCGUUUCAAAUUCGGCUGGGCUUAUACUUUAUUGAAAAGAAAACUUUGUCGGCAAUGUUUCAUUAUGGAAUUAAAUGAUGGCUAUAUAUGAUAGUUUCAACCCACGGCCAGCCCACUUCUUGUUGGCGUGAGUCACGCACUUGAAAGCUGCGAGGAUUGCUUAAAACUGGGUAUGGAAAAUUCCGCGAGUCACGCAAAUUUUCGAAUUCGUUGGUUUUAAUUACAGUUUUAGUGUUAGUGAUGCUUAUCUUUGUUCAGCUAGUUUAGUUUUACAGCCCUGUUCUCUUUUAGCCUCUUCCAGGCGUUAGUUAGGGCGCAGCGCGAAAACACAGCGGAGCGAAAAAUGGAAAGGAAGGGCUGGUGCCAGGAUAACCGUGAACGCGUUCCGCGCCGCGCUUCUCCCCUAUUUUUCGGUGCGUCAUUUUUCGCGCUGCGCCCCAACUAACUUAACGCCUGGAAGAGGCUGGACUAUUUUCUGUCCUACUGAAAUAAAGACAAAGGGACUAGAAACACGAAUAAAAGAAUCAGUUUUCUAGUUGAAUCUCGAUUCUAACGUUCUGCCGACUUUUUUUAGGCAGAACUGAAGGAUUCAACGAACAUUUUAACCAAAUCAAUCGAAAACGAUUUUUUUGUUCUUUUCUUCAUUUAAAAGGACCUAGUUUGACACUUCUUGUACCUUGCGUGCAGGCAUUUUCCUGACCCCUUUGCUAAUGUUGCUGCAUACAUUAACUGGUACGUAGUCUUAAUUGCAGAUACCCACUCUGAUCUACCAUGGCAAACAGAUUACGAGGCCGACUGCCUCCCUUACUGAGAGAAACACUGGCUGAGUUUAUGUCUACAUUCAUCCUAGUGACAUUUGGCGUCGCCUCUGUCGCCCAGACGGUUCUCAGCCGAGGGAAAAAUGGAACCUUUUUUACUAUAAAUUUCAGCUGGGGCAUCGGGGUUACACUUGGUAUCUACUGGGCCGGGGGUAUAUCAGGCGCGCAUAUGAAUCCCGCCGUAACACUGGCCUUUGCCGUGGUUCGACGAUUGGACUGGAUUAAAGUUCCCGUAUACUGGCUAGCGCAGUUGUUAGGUGCUUUCAUAGCGUCUGCAGCUGUAUAUUGCAUUUACCAUGAUUCUGCACAUUGGGUCGGUGCCAUCUUUCAGGAUCUUGUUUCGGUAAUAGUUGAUCUUAAUGCAUUGAUCUUGGGCAGCAAUAAUGAAACCUUCUGUUUCUGA